ACGCCUUAUCUCUGGUCACCGUGGUUUUGUAUACACAACGUUCACGCGAUUGAUUGAUUUUGCAGAAAGUUUAAAAGUUUGUAUCAAAAAUCAAGUUGUUAUCAUGUCGUCAGAUUCGAAUAAAGUUAAGAAGAAACGCAGCAAAUCUAAGACAGCUGUAGGGGAUAAUUCGAAAGCUGGACAGAGUACUUCAACAGGCGCCUCGUACCAGGAGAAGUUAAAAUCUGUUUUGACUGGAGAAAAGGUGGACCUGAACACCAAAGAGUUCCUUGGGGCAAAGAUUUCAGCCAAAGCGUUCCAGCAGUUAACACCUCACGAGAUCCGAGAUUUAAAAACAGUGUUUGAUGCUUUUGCAGAUAGCGAUGGUAUGAUCAAAGCUGACGCGGUUAGGAACACUAUGAGAGCUCUUGGGUUCAAGCUGACGAAGCAACAGGCACGUGCAAUGGUAGCAGAUAUGGACCUGGAUAGAUCAGGGACCAUCGACUUCAGUGAAUUCCUAGAGUUUAUUAUUGAUAGACAGGGAACGGCGAGAGACGUAUUUGCCGAAAUACAGCAAGGCUUUCGAAUGUUUGAUUAUGAAGGAACAGGGAGGAUCACCUUGGAUAACUUAAAGAAAGCUUGCAAGGAGGCGGGGGUCAAAUUCACCGAGCAGGAAUUACGAGACAUGAUCGAAGAAGCAGAUCGGAACGGGGACAACGAGGUAGACCUCCAGGAGUUUACAAACGUCAUGCUGAAAACCAAUCUGUUUUAACUCGGUCUGGUGUAUAAGGAUGAUGGUAAUGUCAUGGUGGCCGAGCAGUCAGGUCCACUGGACUCAAUUCUGGUUCAAAGAGAGCUGCUCAAGCACAAAAAAAUACCAGAAUAAGGUUACCAGCCAUACUAGCUUGUUUACAUGUGCAAUUCUUGACUGAUAUCCUGCUAAUAUCUGCUAUUAAGCAGAAAACUGUCUGGGUCCACUUUCAAAGAGCUGCUGAAGCACAAAAAGUAGCUAAGCACAACAAAUCUAUGCUUACCAGGAUAAGUUUACC